GCCCUUCUCCUUCAUCUGCUCAUUCCUCUUCGUCUUCUCAUAUUCCCGCCAACGAUGACGUCCAAGACAACAGCCAGUGGUGGAGCACCGCCCAGCUACCAGAGUGCUCUAUCCAGCAAUGAAAUCCUUCGGCACGAAGGCGAGCCAGGCAAGGCGAACAUGAAGGCGGAUGAGAAGGGUGGGAGCGGCAACGGCAAUUCGUCGAGCAGUGCUUCUGAAGCAGCCGCAUCUUCCUCUCAGAUCUUUGCGGCGACUGAUGCUGGCAAGCUUGAACCAAAGCUUGGAGGACCCGCUGAAGAAUACCGCAGACGAGACGCUGAUAGAUGGCCCAAGAUCGAUCCGAAUGCCUUGACCGUCGCAAUUUAUGGCAUCUACAUCGAGAAUAUUAAACUGCACGCCGAGCCGCAUACUAUCAAGAUCACCGACUUCAAUGGUGGAGUCUUGUGGCAUUUCCUUUUCCCACUCUGCCCGUUCUCUGAGCACGUAGUGUUUCUGAAGCACUUCGAGAACAAGGGAACAGUAUGGAUGGUAUUGGGCGAUCAACAAGUCGACAAUCCUCGUAAAGUCAGGAAGGGAGCAGGCUGGCCCUGGACCAAAGGAGCGGAGCCGCCAAUGCCCGAACACUAUGUAUGGCGACGAAGGCUCAAUGCGAAGGAAGUAGUUGACUGUGCCGAUGGCAGAACAUCGAUCUUCACUCCCAAGAUCAGCGAUGCGGAGCGGCAAGUCUUUUCCCACGAAAAGAAGCUGGCACUGACUGAUUCCCUCGAGUUCAGUGUGCCUGGGACCGAUCGAACGUUCGUAUGGCUUUGCAAUGACAUCAUGAGAAACACAAGGCAGUCGAGAUGGGAUCGAUUGACCUACGUCCUGCACGAAAAAGCCGAUUUGUCGUGUACCUACGGCAACACUAGGUGGGAGGAGGCCUUUGGACUAUGGCUUCGGCCCGGCCUGCCCAAGGAGCUCGAUCAUGCGCUCAUCGCAUUUGCCCUCGUCAAUCUGAUGUUGAUGCAACAUCGCAUGUGCCAGGAAUUUGUUCAGGAUAAUUAUCGACCCUCGAACGGCAGUGAUACGUACCAACGUCUGUUGGACAUUCCUGCACUGCAGAAGGCAGCUUUGAUUUGCGGGCUCGCGCCGCCACAGUGAGAGGUGGUAACCGUUGCAAUAUCAUGAGAUGAAGCCACAACGACACUGCGAUCGUCUGCCGGCCUUCGCGCCUUCGUCGAACAUGCUACUACGCUCGCGUCGCAAUGAUGAAAUUAUCC